AUGCCGAUUUUGUGUAUCGAGGGUAAGCAAGAAAUGAUUUAAAAACAUGAUCAAGAAUGUUCAACUAGGGGAUCAAUUAAGAAUAUGGUUCGCUGUUAGCGUGUAAUCUUAAUUCUUCUUAUGUCAUUUUUUUCCUGCUCUUCUUCCAUGUAUCCGUAUAACAUUUAUGGACAACAUGAACAGUCAAGAAGGGCAAAUUGAGAGGUAAUCCUGGUAAGUUAUCAUUCGCUUCAAGCUUGAUAUUUUUCCGGUGAUGUAAGGACCAGUUCAGUCAUGUUGAUCUGCAUGAUCAAUUUUGAUAAUUUUCCCCCUCUGCGAAAAGUUAAACGAAGCAAAAAUACUUAUAAAGUAGGUGACCUUCUCUUGCUUUUUACAAGUCCGCGUAAGCGUUUUGUUCGCUGUACAAGUAUAAACUACAGGUAGUAGUGUUUGCGUUCACGCAAGAUAGUACCGCAUCUAAGAUUAUGUUCUUGUCGGAAGUUUACUUCUCUGUUGUUUUCUUGUAUUCAAGCUCAUCCUCAAUCCAUGCGGGAGAUUGUUGUGCAUCAAAAUCAGAACCAAAAGAACUGUUUUGUUAGUUCUGUUUUUAUUCCUGUUAUUUUUUGGAGCCCUUGAGAAUUAACAUCAUUUUGUUUACAAACGCUCAAUCGAAAAUUCCAAAAUGAUUGGAAGCAUCUUCCAGCUAGGUCAUGCUCCAAAGCAAUCUCAGCUUUUAAUAUUUUAGUUAAUUGUGUUUCAGCCUUCUUUUAGUGAACUUAUAGCGAAUCAUGUUGAAGUUUUAUAGUUAAAUUAUUAUUUAUUGUAAUGUGUUAUGUACUUGCUACAGAUAAAUUGAGUUCUUUUGUUCGAGUGAUCCUUCAAAAUGUCACCUUGGAGACAGAGGUCGAUAAAGGUGGCUCUCCAACCUGGGAGCAGGAAUUUGUCUUGUAAGUAAUUAGAUUCAGGGAAGAUGCUACAUUUUGUCCUGUAGUAUGCAGUGUGUAUGCAACAGGCUAUGUACAUUAGUUCUAGACCUUGGCCAAGUUAUUUGACAGAUGAUUGGCGCUAAUUUAAGCCAGGGUUUAAGAAUAAUAUUAUCAUGACAACUAAUAUAUGCUAUUUACAGGAUAAGCCUUAACUCGUCUUUAAAGAACUUGGCUCAAGAAAAUAACAAAUUCAAAUGCAACUGGAUCUCUUAGCACUUGAAGAAUGGGGUUUGAACUGAGUAGCAUUUGCACCUAUAAUAUUAUUGUAUUGCCGCAGCAGGGUUUCUCUGUUUUAUGAUUGGUGAAAAGGCAAAAAUAUUGUUCCACACAUGGGCAUUUAAGAGGAAGAUGAAGGCUUCCUAGGUAACAGGUUUGCCAUAUCACAAGUGAACAUUUACUGCAAGGGAUCCAACAUUUUUUAAUAAUAUUUUUUAUGCUGGCAAAAAUUAAGGUUAUCAUUUCCAUGGUUAUUUCCCAAUGGUGAAGAAAUAGCAACAAGAAUUUUCAGGACUGUAAACCGCCGAUUAUAAGCCUUCUAUGUCUCUGCGUAAGGGGUUUACGAGGGCUUUUAAACAGAGGGGCUUUUAUAUCAGAAGACACUUAUAACUAGAAUAGAGCUGUAGCAGGGCUGAUCAAAAUAUUUUUUGCAUAUACUGGUGUUUUACAGUCAAACCUGGUCAAGCAUACCAAGCAAUUUAUUAUUCAAAAGUUGAAUCCGUUGGUAGUUGUAGAUUUCAGAUUCAUCUCUGCAUUCUUUCAUGCAUAUAAUGAGCCAUGAUUUCACAUGUGAGGCAGUUGUGAAAUUUCUACCAGCUCAGCUUCCCUGAAUUUGAUGUAAAUACAGUGGAACCUUGUUAACCUGGUCACUGUAUUACCGAGGUGACCUUAAGGGGGAUUUACACUGUAUCUUCAAAGAAACUUUCGCUAUUCAAAGAUUUUCAAUCUGACCAAAGACAGAGAAGUUUUCGUAAAAUAUUCACUUCUCAUUAUGCAUCCAGGAAUGCGGAUUUGAAUUUGACACUAGUUAUGGGAAUGACUUAUGGAUUCAUUUUUCAAAUAAUCAAUAUUCAUUAAUAGAAUCUUGGGAGGUAUGCUUGACCAGCCUUGACUGUAAGCUUCAAAGCAUCAUAAUAAAAUCAAAUUCAUUGUAAUACAUCGAAGGGUUAGAUAGAUCAUAGUUUAUUAAAAUAAAUAAAUACAUGGGUUGCCAGGCCAGAGGCUGAAUUGGGUAUUUACGAAUUAAACUAAGUUAAAAAUAGAAUAACUUAUAAUUUAAUAUUUAACUUAAUAUAUCAAUAAUUAACAACAUAUCAAAUUCAUAUACAUAAUAUAUAAAAGCAUUAAAACCGAAUCAUUUAAUUGUACUUUAGGCACGAUGACAAAACAAAAGUGUUCUUAAAACGGUCCAUCUUCCACUUUGGAAGUGCAAAGUGUCACUGAUUUCUUAGUGAAUAUGGAGACUUAUUGGCUUCAGUUAAUAACUUGUUAAGUUUGUUAUCCUUGUUGCGGAGAUCAGCAUUAAAAACCUUGUCACACAUGUCCUUGCAAUAUGAAAUAAUGGUUGGAAUACCAGGUUCCUUAAGUUCCCCGUCAUAGGACAGACUGGGGCAAAUGAUUGACAAUGCCCUUUUCUGGCUUAUAUCUGCACAGGGUCCAGAGGAGAUGUUUUUGUCGUUAGAACAUCAAAACCUGUCGAAAACCUCUGAAAAAAUGGGUCGUUUUGAUCGUGCUACAGUUUCGUUACGCAUUCUAUUGACCACAAACCAAGAGACUGAGGACUCACAAGAUCGGCUUACAGUAUUACAACACACAGUAUUUGCUUACAAAUUUGGGGCCGAUUUUCGAAUCCCUGAAACUCAAAUGGAAUUGAAUGAAAUCGCCUGAUUUUACUAAACUGAUCUAGAAUUCUGAUGUAUUUGCCAAAUACUAUAGGAAAAGGGCAUAAAAAAGCGUUCAAAUUCAUUUUCGGCGACCGAAGUUUAUGGCUUGGAGAUAGCGUUUUCGUUCGCUGUGCACUGCAACAGAUGGUGACGGAAAUGACGUAGUAAAGUAAAUGUACUCAAGAGCAAUAAAAGGGGAUGGUAAGCCUACACGACUGUUACCUCAUGCCAAAAUGCUGCUUGUUCCAGUAAAGUUUUUUUCCUCCGCUGGGUAGAUUAUGCUCUGGAAGGUUCUACACUUUCACCGAGCAAAUGUGAUUUUAGCCGCAUGUUUCACACUGAGAGGUCAUGACACACAUAUCAAUUUACUGUGGUUAUUGUUUCUGGUCGGCAGGAUUUGCCCUCUGAUGCAAGCGCAUUUUCUGUGACCUCUUUUGAAGCGUGAAGCUUUUUAUUACAGCUGAAUAAGGGUUCCAAUUUUCUCCAAAGUGCCUUCAGGAUCUGAAUAACUAAGCGAUGUUUUAAUGCAAUGCUGUAUCACGCUGGGCCCAGCUAGUUAGUUUUGUUUGGAGAAUGUUAAAUUACAUGAAUAGUGAUUUACAGGUCUUGUGUACUCUUGCAAUAAAACGUGAUACUGAGUAGAGCGGACGUACAAGGCAACUGUAAUAUCAUCACGACUGCGCCAUUCUUCGGUGGUCCCAGCAGUGUUACCUCUUCCGUCUUUGGCUGUGCGUUUUGCGACUACUGGGAAGCCUUUGCACAAGCGAAACCUGCGCAAGACAUCGAAGACUGUUGACAUGUACAACAAACGUCCAGUCUUGAAAGAUCUUGACUUCAAUUAAAACUCUGUUGCCUUCGCAUAGAUCUCUGAGAUCUUUAAAACUCCCUCCGCAGUUGAUGUUUUGAUUGUCGAGUUGCUAUUGAGUUUCCGGUCUUAUUCACUUCCGUCUCCGAGUGAUGCGGUUCACAGCGAACGAACUCACGUGGUACAAGUUUCCUCCCUUGUCCGUUUUUUUACUUGGCACUUUGUGCCUCGGUCGCCCUUCGGGCAACGACCUUCGGUCACCCUUCGGGCGACAUUCCGUGCGCCAGCGAGGAUAUGGCUUGCAGUUAUUGAUUUCAAAAUGGCGAACAACAAAGUCGAUCUGGGUCAGAUAAGAAGCGAAGAAAUCGUUCAGGGGUGGAUCCUGGAUUUUUUUUAGGAGGGGGUGCAAUCGUCUCUUGCUCUACUUCAACACCAAUAAACCACAUAGUUUCUUUUUGCAGAAUACCAGUUGUAUUAGAAAACCGCAGGUCAUCUCGAGGGGGGGGGGGUGCGCACCCCCUGCACCCUCCCCCUAGAUCCACUCCUGUCAUUUACAGUAGAUUCAUUAAGAUCCCAUUGGGCUAAUUAAUCGUGCUAAGCGACAGGUAUAGACAUUUUUCAAGGUGAGACUUAAAAUAAGUAAUUCAUUUAUUCACACGAAACUCCUCUGGUCCCUGUGAUAUCUGGGGGGCUUAUAGGUAGAUAGACUUAUAAUGAGGAUGGGUGGAUUUGGGAGCUUAAUGUACGCGGCAGUUUACAUUAUUCCUGAGUUGAUAUCACACCAACUGCUCAAAGUGAACCACCUCUGGAAAAUUAUUGUAGAAAAUUUCCUUUGAACUUUUUGUGUUCCUUUUAUGUUUCAUCUGAUUUUGUUUUAAAAUUUUGUGGCUCAGAGCCGGUUUCAUCUAACCAGAUUUCUCCAAUUGUGCCAUAAAUGGGAGGUGUUCUUUAAAGUGGGAUGAAAGGCUUUUUACUCACACUUUUGUAUCAUUUAAUUUUACAGUACUUAUUUACUGUUGUUGUUUGUUUGGUAACCUUCAGUGAAACAAACCGCUUGGAUCAAACACUGUGUUUUCAGUUGUGGGAGAAAGGAUUCUUCAAAGACAAUCUUUUGGGAAGUGCAUGGAUUCCUCUGAUGCAAAUCCACCAUUCCAAUGAGGGGGGGAGUGGCGCCUGGGUGCAAUUGAGUAAUGAGACAUCAAAAGGUCUGGUGUCAUCUGGACACUUGAUACUGGUAGACAGUCGCUUUGAGCUGCCAUCAGGUAUGAGUCAACAAAAAAAGGCAUGGGUGCAAGCAAAUUCUUGUCAUAAAUUUGUGAAAAUUAUGGUCAAGUUCCUUGCCCCUAACAUUCCUUAUUUGAAAAAAUAAUUAAAGGCUUAAUCUCAGCAAGAUCUCAUGAUACAAUCUUUUCUUCACCUCGGUAAUCUUGCCAAGACAUUAAGCAACCCUCAGAAGUCAUUGGAAAAUCUUCGGAAUUUUUUGGUAAUGUUCAGAAGUCAGUAAAAUGCCUUUAGCACAGGGUGGAAGUCAUCAGAUAUUUCUCUUGAAAAUGUGGUUAAUAUGGAUACAAAAAUCACACGCAUGAGACUCAGCAAGAGUUGGUAGGUGUAAUAUUGACACUCACCUCCUUGAGCAAACCACAAAAUGUAGCAAAAACAUGUGUGCUUUCCUUGAAUAUAGAUUACUAUAUUUGUCACAUUGCACAGUUAUCUAUUUACCUCAUUAAUUCAGUAUUUCUUUGCUCUCUUUGCUAUUCAACUUUAUUAUGUGUUAUGUGUUGAACUUUUAGUGUUUGUUGCUUGACUCGUUUAUUCUAGGAAGUGUGUACUCUAAUUUUUCAUAUGUCAUCAAGGGCCAUCCUAAACCCCUUAGGACUGGUUCACAAACCCAACAAAUGCUUACACAUCCAAUGGAAAUGUAAAUGCAGUGAGAUAUGCAAGUGCAUUUAAUAAGCAUCCUGGCAGUGUUUCCUUACUAGUUAGAUGAACACUUUUCACCGUUACAUUAAUAACAUCCUUGCAUUUGUGUUGUUUGUUUUCUUGUGGUUGCAUUUUAUUUUGCAUCAAUCAUGUGUGUCCGCCCUUGAAAGUAGUAUCCACUUAAGCCCUACUACAAAAUCUAUCAGCCUGAGACUACAGCUGACUCCUGAUAACUCAAACCCUUGCUAACUCAAACCUCACGUUAGCUCUAACUAAAGUUGAUUUCCCUUCGAUUUCCUUCAUACAUUUGUAACUCGAACCCUUGAUACCUCCCACUAACUCAAACUUAUUCUUGUUUCCCUUCAGAUCAUCUCUUUAUUUUACCCUCGAUAACUUUAAUCAUGUCAUGUUUUAAAUGCGUGACAAAAGAGUGUACUGAAGUCUGAAUCAUUGAAUUCAAAACAACCAUAUAUUAGUUUGUCUCCACUUUUUGGUCAGUCCAGUUCAAAUUCAGUGUUCAUCCCUGUAUCUUAGUGAAGCUUUGUUGCUUACUUCCUUUUUCAAAAUAUCAAUAUAAUACAUUUGCCUGAGCUUGCUGCCCUUGAAGUGAAGUGUGCAUGAUACUAGUAUUCCUUACCUAUCCCAUUUGCUUAUUUCCUGUCAUUUGCAUCAAACUCCCAAUAACUUAAACUUUUUUAGAUUUCCCUAAAAGGUUUGAGUUAUCGGUUAAAGUCAACUGUACGUUGUCAUAGUGUACAGUAAAUGAACACCACUAAUUUUUUUGCACACUGUAGAAUGAAGCAACAAGCUUGCUUUGUGGAUUUAAGUUUGAAAUAACAACCCAUUUUGCUUUUCUCAGAGCUGAGUGAGGAAGAAGUUAUUGCUCUCCAGAAUAAGCUUGAUUCCUUUUACACCAUUAUGAGUCAAGAAGUGGAAGUCUUGAAGGAGCAAUCCAAGAAACUUCAAAGGGAAAAAGAUAUUAAAACUGGUAAGAUAAUCACUGUUGCGAAGAUAUUUAACUUCUGACAGUCAAGCUUGGAUUUAUUUGUUAUAAACUAAUAAAGUACUUUCAAAUAGUGAUAGAUAUAUCUUUGACAAAUGAAUACCACACUCGUGCAAUGUGAAUUAGGAGUUUCACUGCACACCUUAACAAGUCUAUAUUUUGAAUCACAGCUCUUAUGAUAUGAUUUACUCAAGGGUCUGGCACCCUCAAUAUUUUUUUUAUGUAGAAAAAUGUUAUGAUAAUAUUAAUAAUAAUAGCGGUUGUUCUUAUAAUUCAAAUUUUGUGUAUCCCUCAAUGCGUUUACAAAAAUGUCUAAAAUGUCACUACUUUAAAUUGUACUAAUAUUAAAUGUACAUGAAAUUAUCUAUAUUUAUCUGAUAUUAAUAGUAAUAAUAAUAAUAAUAAUAAUAGAGAAAAAUAAAAAUAAAAUAAAACUUGUUCUAUGGUCCAUAACAGGCAACUAACAAAAUGCCUGUUUGAACAGGAAAGUUUUUAAAUUAGACUUAAAUGACACAAGAGGACAUGAGUUACGGAUAUGGCUUGGUAGUUGAUUCCACAACUUCGGUGCAGCAAUUGAAAAUGCUCUAUCUCCAUAUGUAUUAAGGUUAGAUCUAGGAAUUCUGAGAAGGUUUUUAGAGGCUGAUCUAAGUGACCUUGUUAGAGCAUAAGGUGUUAACAGAAUUCUGUAGUCUCUGUAGUUUGUUAAUAUCUGCUUUGCUGGUAAACCGUACAAUAAGCUAGUACAAUAGUCUAGUCUGGAUGAGAUGAAUGCGUGUACAAGGUACUCAGUGCUUGUGUGAUCUAAGUAUUUCCUAACCCUGCCAGGGGGGACAUAAUGUAAUAAACAAACUGUUCAUAUUUUUACAAAAAAGGACAAUCAUGUCCUAGGCAAAGUUCUAAUAUUUUUUAUUUGAAAAAUGCCGGACAAUGUGGUUGACAAUAAUUUUUAGGAACUUGGUGUGGGAAGCUGCCUGAGAAGCAGACAUUUGCUAUGCCACCACUGGUUUCCCUGGAAAUGACGUCUGAGGUGCAAGUGCAGAAAUUACAUACUGAUGAUUGACGUCUCACUAUAUAGAUGUGGGUAGUGCUUCUGACUGGCUGAAGCAAAUUUCCCUUGCAUCACAACCUACCAGAAGCAGACACCCCAUCAAUAUGUAAUUCUGCACCCAUUUCUCAGAUAUCAUUUCACUGGCAAACCAGUGCUGGUGUCGAGAAAUGUCCGCUAUUUUCUUGGGCUAGGAGGGAAGGUGGAUACUCUCAACAAGAUACUGGUUUCAUAACCCUUCUUCUUCCCCUGCUCGGUAUUAAAAAAUCCUGCCUAAGCUCCUCACCACUGAUAUUAAUAUCUAUAACAGUAAAUGUAUAAUAAUAUUGAGAUCUUGUGAAACAAAAAGAAUCAGUGGUGCAAGAAACGGGUGUCUGGAAUAAGGCCCUGUUUUUAAAAGGAGAACACAAAGUAAAUGGUAAGGACAAUCUAGCACUUAAUCAGAAGUGUCCUGACACUUUAAAUAGGGACUCCUUUAAUUGUAAAACUGAAGGGGUACUGAGUGCGUAUGAAACUGAGCAAUGUCUUUUUUAUUCUCUUCUUUGUAACCAGUAAGUGAUGAAUUAGACAGUGCCUACUAUACAAGUGAUGCUGCUCUCUACAACCCCUUUCUGGAGUCAGACCCAGAUUCAGACGACAGAGAUUCAGAUGAUGUUUCUGAUGGACAGAUUAGUGACAGUGAAGCAGACAGAGUUAUGAUCAACUACACAGACCAUUUUGAUGGAAGCAUAGGACGCACUUCGGAUGACAUACGUGAAGACCUGGAAGAAAAGGAAAUAGAAGACAGUGUCAUGAUGCCUUUAUCUGAGUUGCCUGAGAGUGAACAAGGAGAUGAUGAAAUGUGGGUUGAAGAUGAGGAGACUGUGGAGGUAAGAUUUGUGUUCGAAACUUUAAAUGAAUAAUAAUAUUGUUCGGUGACAGAGUAAUACUGAUGUUUGUUUUUUAUUGUUGUCUGGCAUUUAGUUAAAUGCUGUUUGCUUGUAGUCUUGUUUUCAAUAUUAUUUUUUUAUAUAAUAACAAGUCAAGAAAAAAGACAGUCAGGUAUUUAGACAGAAACAAAGAGAGAUUGUCAUAGGGUAGUUUAUCAGUGAGAAAAUUAGACCGAGUUUAAAAUGUUGGCAGUGAUGAGUCUGUAGGAAAGUUAACCGGCAGUCUGUCAGAGAGACUGUUUUGUCAAUUUGCCAGCAACUUUUAAAUUUAUCAAACUUUUUAGAACUCUAGUUCACUAUUAGUUAAUCAAUUUAGAUUCGAAGUUGUUGUUUGAGUAAAAUUUAACUUCAUAUUGAGGCAUAGAGAUCAGAGUUGUCAUUAAGAUGUCAAGUGACUGGGCAAAAUAUACAACAAGUAUUAUUUUGGUUUUAUAUAACUUAACAACAAAAACAACAGCAACAACAACACAAUGUUUAUUGUGCUCUUGACACAAAGGUGUAGAGUAAUGAAAAGGAAAUAAUUGUGAAAGAUGAAGAGAGCACAACCACUCAUAAAUAGCCAAAGCUAAUUGUGCUGAGUGGCUGAGCCAUGCGGAAAAGUAACGAGAUAUUUAAGUUUUUAUAAAAAAUCAAAUGCACACAAAAACACACAAAGAAAAAGUAUUUAAGACAGUGGUGGAUCCAGGGGAGGGGUGUGGGCCCCCCGUCUUAUUUUUAGACCAAACUGAGGCCUGUUAGGGCCAAAAAAACAACUCACCAAUUUUAGAUCUUCUUUAACCCAUUCACUCCUGGAGAUUUUGCCGAAAAACGCGUUUUGAAGCUAGUCGAGUGGUUUUUUGGUCACUGUCGUGCUAUAAAGCUAAGAGCUAAAACUUACUUUAAACCUGUUUACAGGUGGUACACUUCACGGCCUUCUGAUCCAGAUGUUCAGGUGUGGGCAGAAAGCAAAAUUUUGAGAUAGUUUUUGGGUUUAAAAGUGACACAGCAGUCUUGACUUUUACUUUUCGCUUUCUCUCCUCCCUUCUUUUUUCGCUUUUCUUGCCUCAUUUUUUUUUUCUCUUGCUGGGCAUUUAGUAGGCUUCAAUUUGGUGGGAAGAGUUUUUAGGAAAGCUUUUCGGAUCUUAGGAUUAGGUGGAAGGAAAGGUAGGUGGGUAAUGGAACAAGAUUUUCAUGGAGAUUUUCAGGUCAAUGUCACGUGGUUUUUUGCUUGUUUCUCCGGUGUCCUUGACUGAAUUGUGCUCAUUCUGGUAUGGUUUGAAAGAUCUCUUCACUCUGCACAAGUUAGCGAAGAAGGUUGUCCUUGACCAUUAAAACUGAUGACGUCACAAAGGGUAGAAAGGACCUGGAUCCGCACGGGCGGUUACGGGCGGUUCAGGGGCGAAUGGGUUAACCUGUAGCGGGCUGCAUUUUUGAUGUCAUUUCCUUGUUAAACACAAAAUUCUUCCACAUUAUUUUGGUCAUCAGUAACUGGUUAUGGUGAGUUAUGCAUGUAAUUUUAGCCAAUCAGAAUUGUGGAAAUAUUUUGAAUAAAUAAUAAGUUAAUUUAUUAUCAAAUUAUUAAUUAAACCAGUAUAGUGCAUUUUAUCCUAGCUUUCCUAUUAACAUUCGACCAAAUUGAUUAUUAGAAAAGAAGGGAAUAAAGCUUACUUUUGCCUGUCUUGUGUGCAUUAUUUUACUGUUUUAAAUGGUUAAUCUCUUUAGUUGAUACCAGACUUAUUUGACUUGGCAGGCUGCAGCUGGUUAAUAAUACCCCAGGCAUUUAUUAAACCAUACUUGUGUUUUACAAAUACUGUAAACUGCUGCUCAUAUGCCCUGGGGUCAUGCAUCUUUGUAAGGGGUUUUAGGUGGACACAUAAACUGAGGGGCUAUUUCCAAGAGGGGCUUAAACCCAGAUAAAUUAUGCACCUUGAAACGUAUAAGCUAUGGCAGUGCAGAUCAAACUGCAUUUUGCAUUGACUGUUUUUCAAUAUUAGACUUCAAAAUGCCAUAAUGAAUCAGUGGAAUUCAUUUCAAUACAAGCUAGAGGUCCAAAGUUAAACACCAUCCCAUUUCCACUGCCUUAUUUCCAUGUUUAAGAAAAAAGGAAUUUGUGGGAACUAAAAUGGUGUCAAAAGCAGCUGAUCCAUUAAGAGACAUUUACUCCCACCUAAUACACCAAAAAAUAAGAAAGAAAAAAAAAGGAAAUAACAAAACUGGCUACAACUUUAGAGCGGCUGAUUUUCACAACCCAGAUUUCAUUUGGUAACCUAUGGGAAACGCUCAUUGUGAUAUCUAGGACCUAAAUUAUGGACUAGCCUGCUGAGCAAGUUAAGAAAUCUACCAUCGCUGCAAUCAUUUAAACUACAGACCUGUCUUGUCAAUCACCUGGGGUGGGGGGGGGGGUACUCCCUUAUGGAAAUGACGUGGGUGCUCAUGAUACCUUUUAGGGGUUUAAAUUUGUGGACUGGUACCGCUUAGGGUGCUAAAAUGACUGCUGCCUGAGUUGUCUCAGUAAGAUUUAAGACAAUACUUUCAAAAAUUCCUUGAGAAGAAAGUGUUCGAAAGUUAUCUUUAUUACUAUUAAAUUAAUUAGCAGUGCCAGUUAUAUACUUUGUUGUUGUUGAAUUGGUACCUCUUAGGGGUGGAAAUGAAUUUGGGACACGUCCAUAAAACAAGAUUCUGUUACCUUUUAGGGGUGUUAUCGAAAUUUUCCGACGAGCACGCUCGUCACUUUUAUAGGGGGUUACCCCUCCCAGGGUCAGUCUUUCGCUCAAGUUAAAGUCUGAUUGUGAGAACAACCGACACAAGCUGACCUAAUUCAUUGUCAUUUUAUUGUAAUUCACAGUAUAAUUUUAUUGUUAAUCAUAACUAUAACAAAAUUCUUAAAUCUGAUUGGCUAUCAGCUGUCCUGAUUUCAGACCGAAUUGGACUCCACUCAGUCCUGUUACCAUUACAUAUAACGUCCAAUAGGCUAGUUUUAUAGAUGAUAAUGUUUAUCUAGGCUGGCUUCUUGAGUUUCCCCAAUAAGUUGGGUUUUUACCCUCGACUUAAUUACUAUAUUGGCACUUCAAUAAAGUCAUGAUGAGUCAUGAUGAUGAUAUAGUGAUUUAGUUCCCGUUUACUUGUAAAUCAUUUGAGAAAAGUUCUAACCCAUUGGACCCGUUGAGGGAGGAAAGCAAAGGAAAUUGAAGAGCUCAAACUGGUUUGAUAAAGAGGAACUGGUCUGAAAAAAAAACAUGAAAGGAAAGUUGAUUCUACCAAGGAAUCGUGCUAAUAAUUCCAUUGGUACCCAGAUCUCUUUCAGGCCCCGCCAAGUAUCUUCCGGUCAUGUACCAUGGUGACGUCAAAUACCAUGAGUCACACAACGAAGAUUCAGCGGCAUUUUAAUUUUACCUCCACAACUUAAAAGUUUCCUUAGGGGGCUUUCAUUUGGAUAAUAUUUUGAAUGUUUAAGCCGUGGACCCUUCUUUUUGGUCAAGGGGAAAACUCCUCUGAACAUACCAUGUCUGUGAAUCAUUCUGACUUAAACUUCACGUUCGUUCUGUAUGUUCUGUCUCAGUGAUUUUACUUUAAUUUAAGCUUAAGUUUAAUUUACAGGAGUUUCUGAGAUCCUCAUCUUCAAAAAACAUUUUCGUUUUCCAGAGACUGUGAACAGUGUGAAGAUCGUAGUGCCGAGUUUUAUUGUGUCGAGUGCAAACUGAGAUAUUGUCCGCGAUGUCGCUUCAUCUUUCACUCAAAGGUAGACGACACGACAAAUGGUGCUCUUUUUUCGUUUAACUAUGCUAUUUUCGGUUGUGGUUUACUAAGAGCUACAUUUGGCUGUUUAUUUUUUUAAAAUUCUACUCUCAGUUAGAAAAAAUUAUAACGUUUUCUCUUAGGGAAAGUUACGACAGCAUAAAAUCGAAUCUGUAGUUGUCCAUCUUUGCGAGUCAUGCCUGACAGAAGCGAAGCAAUUUGAUUGCGAGGUUUGCGGUCUAGGUAAGUGCUUAUAGGUCAUCGUAAAUAAUAAUGUUGCAGAAGAGUUCCGCAGUCGACAUUUUCUGUAUUCCUAUUCAUCUGUGGCAUGAUCUUUUCCUAUUUGAACAACACAAGAGGUAAUGAAAUUUAUAUCACUGUACGGGUGUAUUCCAGAGGAAUCCCCUUUAAUUUAUUGCGUGACAUUGUUUAUCUUGUCAAUGCGUUUCGUCUGGAAAUGUACAACAUAAGAAUAUUAACAGAAAAAGUUGACUCGCAGUUUUUUCCGUUAACUCAGUAAAAGAAACUGUUGUUUUGUAGUUGUCUUACACAUCAUAGUCUGUCUUGCAAUUUUUUCAAGCAUUUCUACUAGAGUUUUAAUUUACUUUCCAAAUACGAAAUAUAAUUUUCAGAUAACGGUAAUGAUAGCGUAUUGUUUAUUGUUGAAAUCAACAAAUUAAAAAAAUUGCCAGGCUUGUUUGAAACACAUCUAAAUGGCUUGUGGCUUGCCAGUGCUGAUUGGACCUUGAAAAUGUUUUAUGAUUGUACUAGCUUGGCACAAGAGCAUUGAACAUAAGAGGACUUGAAGAAAUAACUGGCUAUGACUAGUUGCUUUCAUUUAAAAUGCAUCUAGUUUUUGACUGCCCUAGCGUUCUAUUAUAAUUGUUAUUGAGAAUGGUUAGCCCCUUAAAGGAUGUGUUUCUCUUCCAUGCUAAGUUUAGGAUACAAUGGUAGCACAAUAGUGAAUACAUUGUAGAGAAUUAAAAAACCUUUGGAUUUUAGUUAAUUAUUCCACGUGCCUCUUGGUAUGUAUUUACUGAACUUUUCUUUUGUUUCUUUUUUGUAGGAUUUUGUGAUUCUUGCUGGUACCUGUGGCAUGCAAAAGGAACACUUCAGCAACAUCACCAAAUAUCUGUUGUUUCUGAGGCUAACAGAUCAAGAGAACCACAAACACAUGAAGAGAUACCUAUGAUUCAUGAAGUGAAGUGGAGGCCACCACAUGCUGAAAAUAGAAGUGUUUCCAAAGAGGUGUUUACACAUGAGAAGUUAAUAAUAAGCUGAUUUUACUUGUUUAUCCAGUUAAGAAAGGCAACUUCUAAGGGAGCCUUGAAUGAAUUUUAAGAGAAGUUUUAUAAUACAACAGUAUUGUAAAAUGCAGCUAAUGGAACGUGAUGCAAUCGGCCUCUCGGGGCAUCUCUAUGUGAUGCAAUGUACUUUCGACCCGUUUAUCAAUAGUUACAUUGUAGCACUUGUCAUCACUGUCUGGAAGCAAAUUAGUUCACCUUUUCAGAAUGGCUAAGCCAGUGAAGGCUACAUUCUUGUCUCUUUUGCUGCGAUACAAAGCUAAUUAUAAGUAUGGUACAAUCCUUCUCCUUGGCUUAGUACUCAAACAUUGUCUAGCUAUACAUAAAUUGUGGUCCGAAGUUCUAUGUCACACUUUUGCUUAUGCCAAGUCAUUCGCUGUUUUCAACGGAACAGUGACAUUAAUACGUUUUUUUUAGAAUGGUAGUCAGUACUUACCAACUAAAGAUACUGUAGCAGAUCAGCUAGUGUAGCGAGAAAUAACCUGUUUAGACAGUUCUGACACAACGGGUACUUGCAGCACGUACUGCUCUCGUUUAGUCUUCAAUUGACUAUUGUAUUCACUUACCUUUGUAAAUUAGGUUUGUCCAUUUGUUUGGAUUAUAUUAGCAUUAAAAUUAAAUCUGAUAGUUUAGUGCUGAUUUGCUAUUAACAAAACCAUUAUUGUUUUAGUUGGAGUUGUGUGGUUUGUUUCUGUGAUAUCUGAAGGAAAUACUACAUUCCAAAAUACUAAUAUAAAUACUAAUAACAAUACUGAGGGAUGAAGUAAAAAUGACAUAUAUUUGAAAAAAGUACAAUUGUUACAUUUCAGUGCGAAAAACUGUCAUGUCGUUCUUUACAGUUUGUACUAUCAUUGUAGGUUAGUAUUGUUUAGAGUUGAAUCUCUGACUUAAAGUCAUUAUCAUACUCUCAUCGUCAUAGCUGUCAACUAUCAUUACAACCAUCAUCAUCAUCCAUGAUCUUUCCAUUAAUAAAAAGAAUUAAUGUACCGAUCUGAUCCUUUAAACUCUCCUUGUUCUCCUCCUUAAACAUCAGUAACUGAUCAAAUUGAUUUACUAGGAUUUUCAGGUUGAUGUGGGUACUGAAAUCAUCGAUGAUGGCAUUGAUGUGCAUGGCACUAAAUAUACAGAACCUACAGACCAUGAAAUAGAAAUAUCCAAGAAACCUAAAGAAGGAAGUAGGACUGACGAUGACAGUGAUAUUGAGAAAAAUGGACCUCUCCAGCGAAAGGGAGGCUUUCGAAAAUCUCCUUCAUCAUCUCGGAAAUCAUCAUGGUAAGCACAAGAACUUUCUUCACCAUACUCAAUCUAUUUAAGUAACAGAGGACAGAGUGAUUAGUUAGUUUUACUGUAAUUGGAUUCUGGUAAACCUGCUUCUACUUUUAAUUGUAUAUAAUUGCAUAAUUUGUAAAUAACUUAAUUUGAUUUAUUUUGUAAUUGUUAUUGAUGUAAUUUAACAGGGAUGAGCCACCCAGUGGAUCUGUUAAUAAAACUUUAUUAUUAUUAUUAGAAGUCAUGAUAAAUUGCUAUUUCUCCAUUUUCACAUAGACCCUAAUGCACCUUGCUUACCCCCGAAAAUGUUGCGUAACCGUUGUUUCCAGUUUCUCCAAAUGUUUCUCAUUAUUUAGUCCUAUUUCCUCAGUAAUACAGCCAUCACAAGGGGAGGCGGGGGGGGGGGGGGGAGAAAAGAGGGGAUUUCGGGGACUGGGGAAAGUUAUUACAGACUGUGAAAAAUUAGGGUAUUUGUAAGUGACGGACUAAAAUUUGCAGCUUUUUUGUUUUUUUUGAACCGAAAUAAAAAAAAAUGGGGGGGGGGGGGGGGGGGGGGGGGGGGUAAAUAAGGUGAAUUGUGGUCUAUGAGGAAAUGUUGAAUCAGCUGUACUAAUGUACGCUGUUAGUAAGGUACUGUUUAAUGAUGACAACUAUUGUUGUUUUCUGUCAGGAAUGAAAAAACUAAAGCACUUCUUGACUUAAGAGAAGAUUCAAGCUCCAUAAUGAAAAAGAGGAGGCCUUCAAUACCUUUUGUUGUAAGUUACUUGGAGACACGUGCAAUUUUUGCAAUUAUUAAUUUUGUUGUUGAAAUAACUAUUUAACAUGAAACUUUAUCAUAUGAAAUCAGAAAUGAAGGAAAGAGCAUGUUUAAAUAUUAUUAGCAGUAAUUUCCAAUCAACUGAGGUUUCCGGCUAACUGUCCAGCUACUGCUCCCCUAAGUCAACAUUAACACUAACUUCUCCCUUAGGGCAAAAUUGUGACUUAGGGGAGGGAUAGGUGGUCAGUUACCCAGAAACCUUGAUUGAUCUGUAACCUCAAUUUUCACACCAGAGCUGACAGUGGUAAGAUUUUGUGCAGGAGUGGCUUUUGAUUGAAAGGCUUUGUUUUAAGACCUUGCCACAUCCCCCCACCCUGUUUGAUAUUAACCCAUUCGCCCCUGAACUGCCCGUGCGGAUCCACGUCCUUUUUACCCCUUGUGAUGUCAUCAGUUUUAACGGUCAAGGACAACUUUGUCCGCUAACUUGUGCAGAGUGAAGAGAUCUUUCAAACCAUACCAGAAUGAGCACAAUUCAGUCAAGGACACCGGAGAAAAAGGCAAAAAAAACCAUGUAAGAUUGACCUGUAAAUCUCCAUGAAAAUCUUGUUCCAUUGCCCACCUACCUUUCCUUUCACCUAAUCCUAAGAUCCUAAAAGCUUUCCUAAAAACUCUUCCCGCCGAAAUGAAGCCUACUAAAUGCCCAGCAAGCGAAAAAAAAAGAGGCAAGAAAAGCGAAAAAAGAGGGAAGGAGAGAAAGUGAAAAGUAAAAGUCAAGACUGCUGUGUCACUUUUAACCCCCAAAUCAAAAUUUUGCUUUCUGAGCAUGCGCGAACUACGCAAGCUGAUAUUUUGCAUCUGGAUCAGAAGGCCGUGAAGGGUACAACCUGUAAACAGGUUUGUGGUAAGUUUUAGCUCUUUAUAGCAUGACAGUGACCAGAAAACCACUUGACUAGCUUCAAAACGCGUUUUUCGGCAAAAUCUCCAAGAGCGAAUAUAAUGGGUUAAAAGAAACACAUGUUAUAUUACUGUGAGAAAAAAGAAGAGAGUAAAAAAAAAUUUCAUAACAGAACAUCUGAGAGCUGUGGUUCACAACUUGGGAGAGAUUCUACCAUGGUUUGCAAGUUUAAAAGUUUACUCAUAAAUUUGUACAAGGAUUUGAGUGGAUGACUAGCACUACUGAAGAUUGACUAGGUGGGAAGGAUUUUUGUGAACACAAAUCCUUUUUAAUUCUGGUCCUUUAUGGCAGUAGCUACUUUUGAGAUUUAAAGGCCUGAAAAUUGACACUAAUAAGAGGCCCUGCCAGGGUAAAUUCGGACAAGCGACAUGGCCCAAAAACUAACGACAGCACGACUAAAAUGAAGUCGCGACAAGAGACAACCCCCCUUGGCCAUAUUGUGACAGUGACGGCAAAGCCGACAAUAAGCGACAAGCAAUUAUAAAUACUGACACAAGACGUUUUAAAAUUCAGACGGGCGACAUGGGAGUCCCCCCCCCUGGCAGGGCCGCUAAUAAGCUUAUUCUUAUAGUGCUUUCUAUUCCUACUAGAAUCAUUUGUUCAAGACAAAAGUAUAAACAAAUUUUUUUCAUGAACUGAAAGUUGAUCAUGUGAUCACAUGACCAGCAGUUUUGCUAAGGGCCUAUCACCUUUAUAAACUGACCUUUGUAAAUGGAAAUGGUCAUGCAGAAACUGAUUGAUUUAGCAUCAAUAUUAUCCAUGUUGGUAUAAAAAUUUGUAAAAACAGUUGACUCACCCCAUAGAAAAGCUGCAAUCGUCUUUAAAUUAUAAUGAAAUAGUUUUUGAGGGUACACACUCAGGUUUCAAGACAGUUUUUGGAGGUUUCAAAUGUUCAUGACCCAGAUUCAAAAGGUUAACAUUUGACAACAGGUUACUAUCUGUGGAUAUCUUAUGCUGAGCAUGCCAACGAAAAAGCAUCCCCGUCGGAAAUAGAAAGUCCUCCAGACUUGACAUCGCAAAGCUUUAAAUUCUUGAUUAACCUCUGUGUAUAUUAAUCUCAUUUUCCAAUCUUAAUUUUCAGCAGUCAAGAUCAAGCACAAAACAGAUAAGGAAACCCCAUAUGAUGAUGUCACAGAGGGCACAUUUGAAUGACGAGGAGUUGGUAAGUGGAACAUUAUUUAAGUUACAGUGUAAUGAGCCUGCUGUAUUGAGCAGACUCCCUCCUUGUAUCCAGGGUUCUGACUCCUAGCUAUCCCUCCUCCGCCAGGAGGGGUUGGAGAGAACCCUAGCUGGGAACGAGGUUGGCAGACCCCAUGUUAAAAAAUUGUAGAUGCCUAUGUAAAUAUUGUCAUUACAAUAUUUUUUUUACAAAGUCAACCUGUUACGGCCAAUUAAAAGUGCACCUGUUAUUAGGCAGACACUAGUAAUAAGUUAGGGGUCCAGGUGGGUGACUUCUUGUUACAGGUUGCCCUGUAUUCCCAGAAAAUAUACACACCUUCUUGAUGAAUUGAAGGCCUUUUCAAUUUAUUUGCCCCUAUGCCCCCUUCCCUGCAGUUUUCAUAACUAGUUAUGGCUGCAGCAGUUACACCCACAGCCAUUCUUUUGGAUAUUACUGGUUACAAUGACACUUCCACCAGGGGAAUUGGUAUCAUAUGGUUUUGCGAGUGAAAUCACUCCACCACACUGGUAUAUUACUUUUUAGUAUUUAAACAAUCGUUAUUGGCUGUAAAAUACAUGUGAAACUGUAUUGAUUCUGUUAAUUUACUUAGUAAUGAUAAUAAAAUUGUUUCUUCAAGAAACUACACGUUUACAAGAAGUCUCUUCAGGCACUUAUCUACCCCAUCUCAGGUAAAUAUUAACAGCUGUAAAAGCUAGCAGAUAAUCUGCACACACCUCAGACUAGCCGCACCUCAAGUUUUCGAUCUAACAUAAUUAUGCCUUUUGGAUCUCCACCAUUUAUGGAUUAAAAAUAACUGUGUUUAGUAAUAGUUUUCAUAAAUCCUGGUAAUUUAGUCAACUAAGACAGUGGCUUGCUGCUAAAUUUAGGACAUUUAUAUAUAUUUUUUAUAUAGGUGAAGACCUAGGUAAAGAAGCAAGUGGACUCCUUACAAGCAAGUUAUGCAAUUAUUUAUUUUGUUACUAAUGUGGGUCAAUAUAAUGUGAUAUCUUUCAGACACCACACCUCACAAAUUUGAGAUCUGGUCAACUCAGGUGCCAGCAUACUGUUAUGAGUGUGAAGGUCUCCUCUGGGGAUUGGCCAGACAAGGACUUAAAUGCAAAGGUGACCACCAUCUGAUAGAAAAUAAGAAUUAUUAGCUUAUUAUUAGCCAGGAAGACAGUCAGCCUUAAUAAGCCAGUCGGGUACAGACUGAGCUAGACAUCAACAUAAUAUGCACCGAUAGCUGCACUGCUGAACUUUCUGUCUGUCAGACAAUCAUUCACAGACAGACUGAUUGUCUGAGCAUGACACACCAGCUAUGGUGUGUCAGGUAGAUGACGGCCACUUGGUAGUUGUUAAUCUGCCAGCCACUGUGACAAGUAUGUGAUUCCCUAAUGCCACACCUACACUUGUUGCUUGUAUGUUAUUCUGCAAGAACCCUUCCUGUCUUAGGACUUGCUAACAGAGAGCUUGCUUACAGGAUCUUGUAGCUGAGGCAUGAGCAGUGCAAGCCAUGCAUGUGGUCCAUGACACUAUGAAGACUGACAGUCGUGUAUAUUAGUCAUUCAGUAGCAGUUGUUGCAGUUGAUGUUUAAGUUUGUACUCACCCCCAGUCAAUAUUUAGACACCUCUUUGGUUGUUACUCAUUUUGUAACACUACCCAUGUUCUCAAUAAUUUUCAGAGUGUGGAGUCAAGUGCCAUGAGAGAUGUAAAGAUCUUCUGAAUGCAGAUUGUUUACAACGUAAGUUUAAGAUCGUCUUUAUCAUGAUAUUCAACUUGAUAUCUAUUCAUGCUUCUGAAGCAGUUGUGUAGGAAAGUGAAGAAAAUAGAUGGUGUUGUUAUUCCUUCAUUUUUCAAUCAAAGAUGCUGCUUGAUAGCAGUGGUAGUCUCUUUCCUGCAGGCAAAUAUAACAGCUAACCUUGUGACCCCAUAUUACAUUUAAACUCAAAGAAGAAUUUUUAAAAUAUCCCUUUUUCUAUCCACCUAUAACCUUAUUCAUCUUUUACAGGUGCUGCUGAGAAAUCAGCUAAGCAUGGUACAGAUGACAAAACACACUCCAUUAUUGUGGCAGCUAUGAAGAAAAGAAUGGAAAACAGGGAAGCAACAAGACCUGACAUAUUUGACCUCAUAUGGUUAGCAUCAGGAUUUGUGUAUUUUUUAGAAUAUUAGAUUAAAAAUUACAAGGCUAGUUAAAGGUUAAGUUACAUUGUAAGAUCAGAUGCUAGCAGCAGGCUGUUUACAAAUGUACUUGCAACUGAUCUCCACAACCAACCAGCAGGCCAUCAUUGCCUGCUACCAGUUAUUUUUUUUUCAGUUUCGUAGGUCUUUUGUUAUCAUGCUACAUUGUGAUCUGAGAGAGCUUUUUCCACUGUAGUUAACAUUCUUAGCCAGGAGAACAUGACCUCUAACAGUCCAGGGGCGCUUUCCAUUUAGGCAAAAUUUCUGGCUCGGCUGGUUUAAAUGCAAAUGGAAUGCGUGGUUCGACCGAAAAUUUUCCAGAACAAACACACGACCUUCUGAGGUAUUCCACUUUUAUGGUUCCUAUGGGUUGGAACAGAAAUUCCUGUUCCAUUUGCGCAAUUCUGUUUUUCCUAGCCUUGUUCACAGGCAGUCACAGUUUUUCCCUUCAUUUCUAAUUGGCAUCUACCUGUCUGAUGCUAGAAUGCUGAGGGGAUUUUCACAUAAAACUUCUUGUCGUUUGCUGGCAAAAACAUUAAAAGCAAGAAUUUUGUAAUGGCAGAUCAAUUAUUUUCGCUUUUGGAUAAUGUUUCAAUUUCUUUGUCAGCAGUGCUGCAACAUUCGUUUUGUUGGAUUUUUGUUUCAUGCAAGAAAUGAGAUUGCAAACGAGGCUCUAUGGCUGGCUUUCCAUUUAACCUGGAAUGUUUCCGGAAUUUCCAACUGGAAAUUUUGCCUAAAUGGAAGGCGCCCCAGGUGUUGGAUUUCUUACAGUGAUCAAAUGGGACUUUUGUAAUAUCCCACAGACUUUCCGACCACUCAAAAUAUCGCUGUAAUGGUCAGCUCGGUGAAACUAGCAGAAUACAAUGAUUUAGAUCCAUCUGAGGCAAUUUUGCAAAGUUUGGACCUCUUCUUAUACAAUACUUCAUAGGUAGAGCUAAAAACAUCAGCUUUUGAAUCUUUUUACAGUGGAAAUUAACUUUAUUAACUGUUCUGAUAAAACAUAAUUUAAUUUGUGCCCUGUAAUAUGUGCAUCUGUGAUCAGAGAAAAAUAUAAUUAAUGACAUCUUUGUUUUCCCUUUGUUGAAAUAUUAUUAUUUUUUGUAAUUUAUUAUUUUCUGAACAAUAUUUUAGUGAUGUCUUUCACAUGGAGCCGAAGACGCAUGCUGGACACAUGAAAGCUGUCAAAAAACUAAUCUGGGAGGGAACUUCAAAGUGGUCAGCAAAAAUUCUUAUCACAGGUAAAUUAAACUGGACUGUUAUGGAAUGUUAUUAAAACUUCCCUAGUUCAUGUGGUGGGAUUUUCCACUGCCAGUGUUAACUUUGAUAUAACAUAAGUGAUAAUACAAUUAACCAACAUUGUAACUAUUCCCUGACACUGUACCCUUUUAGUCAUCUUCCUAGCACACUUGUUCAUGAUACAAUCAUGUGGACAGGAAGGGCUCACUGACAAUCACACUACAUUGCUCUCUUUCAUUUUCCUAACCCUUUAAACCCCAUUAUCAACAUACAAAUUCCCAAGACUGUUCUCCGUACAUUGCCUGAAAGAAUUGGGUGAGAGAAUUUGAUAAAAGAUCUAAACAUUUUCCCUUUGGUGAUUAUUUUAGAUCAAUUUAGGUUUCUGGGAAACUGUCCACCUACCCCUCCCCUAAGCUAACAUUAACACUUACUUCUCACUUAGAGCAAAAUGUUGGCAUAGGGGAGGGGUAGGUGGACAGUUUCUCAAAAACCUAAAUUGAUUCAUUAUUUUACUUCUUCUCCUAACCUUUUUUCUUGAUGGUGUAAGGAUAUUGUCGGGAGAAAAUUGAUGUUAGUCACUCUUGGGACUUAAAACGUUUUAGCGGGUAGUAAGGUAUCUUCAUCAAAAUAUUGAAGAUUGAUAAUUUAUUUGUUUACUGCUUCAUAGUGUUUCUUGAAAUAAAGAGAUAUCAUAGUACAGUGUUGACAGUAAAAUGUUAUGUCAAGCUUUAUUGGGCAAGAUCGAAUCGAAAAAGAAAAUAUAAAAAAAAUAUAAAUUGAAAAUAUACAAGCAUAAAGAAUUAAAGCCCAAAAAGGAUGCGCUCAAAUGGGACAUUCAGACCCAUGCAGGGUGCCUACCUUAGCAAAAUAUAAGGAUUUCAAAUAUAUACAAAAAGUAAAAUCUAGUUGUAGUAAGAGGAAAGUCUAAUUGUAGAAAAAUCUUAUUGUACAAAAUUGUCGUCUAACUAUAGAGAAAUCUAGAAGUAUUAAAAAAAAUAGAAAAUAAAAUAUAUACAUAUAUACAUCAUAUUCAGUUAGUGACGAGCAUUCGCGAGAGAUUGACCAUGAGCAGAUUUUGCCAUAAUUUAGAUUUUUCUACAAUUAGUCUUUCCUCUUGCUACAACUAGAUAAUUAAAUAUUAAUGAUAAUUUCUUCUUGUGCUCAUAUCUUGUUCUACCAUAGUUGUAAGUGCACAAGGCCUCAUUGCCAAGGACAAAACAGGUUUGGAUUCAUUUUGAAUAUUUUAUUUCUUGAUAGUCCAUCAAAUAUCAAAUAAAAAUAAGUUUUGCUAAUUUUAAAUUGAAUUAAAUGAAAUUAAUGGUGUAAUGUAUAAUAAUUGACUUAAAUUUAAUGUAACUUAUUAAACUGAUUUUAAGGUACAAGUGAUCCUUAUGUGACAGUUCAAAUUGGACGAUCAAAGAGAAGGACAAAGACCAUUCCACAUGAGCUUAAUCCAGAAUGGAAUGAAACAUUUGGAUUGUAAGUAGAAAUCUGUCAAAAGUUUAGCUUUUCUUAUAAGGUAGCUCAUUUUCUAAAUAUAAUAUUAUUUUACGUUUCUUUUGACUAUCAUUUUAUUUUUUCACUUGUACAGUGACUGCCACAACUCAUCUGACAGAAUUAAAGUUCGUGUUUGGUAAGUUUGAAAAUAAACUUUCCAGUAGGGCAUAUCUUGGAUUGUUGUGAGAUAAGUACAGGAAACGCAAGGUUGCAUGCAUAGUUUCAGUUCGAUUUACACAGCUUUGAUCAAAACAUUCUCACUUUCGAGAAUAGUUUUUUCUAAACCAUAAGAAAAGAUUUAAUUAGAAGUUGAAUUUUUCGCUAUUUCUCUUUCACUUUUUACGUUCAAUUCAUUUUAUUUGCCGGAAAUAAAGUAGGCCUUAGAAAUUAAAAGGAUGUUUGAUCAAUUCACGCUCGCACAUUCUAGUCUUAUUUUAAACUUUAUAGCGGAAGGACAUCUGUGAGCAGGGAAUAAGUCAGCACAGAAUUUGAUUGUCAAUGAAUUUCUGUAAUCGUCCAUCGUUCCGCUAGUGAUAAGCUAGCUGUUGUUCACUUGUCUUGCUUGUUUGGGGCUGAGUCUUAUUCCGGUCAAAGAGAGAGAAAGAGUGUCUGGCGAAGUUUCCAACCAAAGAUUUGUGAACUCAUGUCUGGCAAACUCUCCAAGUGUUUAUAUAAACACAGUUAUACGCACCUUAUAACUUCAUCUGCGUUUAAUGAGUGUCUUUUGGUCCAUAACUUUCAAAACAACAGCCCCACAGAAUGUUACUGAUAACACGUAACUCAAAAGAGUAUCAAAGUAUUACUGCACAAUAAAUGUCACAAAAUCUACCUAAGCAGUCCCUUCGGAAUUUUUUGUCGUUACGUCAUCCUAACCAUUUCAAGCAAUAGAAACGUCAUCAUUACCUACCGAUUCCUCGCGGCCCCUGUUCAAACAAAUCAAGAUUUUUUCUGGCAUACUGACUGCAUAUUUCAACUGUAAGUACUUUCCUUAAUAUACGCGCGAGUUACUAGAGUGGCGAAAUCCCUUCGGGGCAAUAACAGUGAAAAUAAUUGUUGAUACAGAAACAGUUUAGCUGGAAUAUUUUUGUUUGCAUUACUGGCAGGUUAGAGAAAGUGAUGGUUUGAGAAUUAAAGAGAAAGAUAACAAACUGAGAAACUGAGAUAUUACUCUAUGGUUUCAUACUUACAGGGAUGAGGAUGAUGACAUUAAAGCCAAGGUGAGAUCUAAACUGAUCCGAGAGCCUGAUGACUUCCUUGGGCAGACAAUCAUUGAAGUGCGAACCCUCAGUGGAGAGAUGGAUGUGUGGUACAAUCUAGGUUUGUGUCAUUACUAUUGUCUCAGCUUUUGUUGAUGUUAGAUUUUUUUGGUUAAACUGUAGAAAUGUUUAAGUUUAUUUAAUGUAACAGUUGUGUUUUUUGUUUGUGCUCUUAAGAGAAGAGAACUGACAGAUCAGCAGUGUCUGGUGCAAUACGACUCCGAAUAAGCAUUGAGAUCAAAGGAGAGGAAAAAGUUGUUCCUUAUCAUCACCAGUAUACUUGCCUUCAUGAGGUAAUUAUCAGUCGGGUGUUUUUUGUAUUGAACCUAAUGUAGUACUUGUUACAUUUUUUGUUUUGAGUUAUCCAAUGCAAAGAUGUGAGAAAUGGAAGUCGUAACUAAAUGUGUCUUAUUUUUUACAUUUUAUGGGUAUGGUUUUAUAUUCACCAUUCUUUCUAACACCCUGUGUGUUUUACUUUACAAAAAUUGCAUGGUUUUUAUUUGUUAAAUCUUUUUUUAUUCUUUUAAAGAUACAACAGUUAACCCUGUAAAUAAGCAUAAGUUCGAAUAACCUUUAAAGGGCUUGGAAAAAAAAACUUGCAUUCCAGCUUGUUCUCUGGACAAGUUGCUUUUAAAUUUUACCUGCCCAGCACCAUUGCUUUUAUGUUUUAAAUAACGAAAUAGUUACAAGAUGAAGUGACUGAACCCUUUGCCACAGGGAAGUGAGCUUAAAAAGUUACUUGUCGAGUAAGAAUGUAUUCUUGUCUUGUUCCUUUUUUGAGCCCUCCAUUGACAUAUUAAUGUUUUUUUUCGUCAGAUUAUGACAUUACAUUCUGUUUGCUUCAUUCUACAGAACAUUUUCCAUUUCUUGUGCGAAAGGAAUAAUGGACAAGUUCCUCUCCCUGCUGCUAACACAGUAAGCUGCUGUAUACUCUCACCUGUUAGUUGAUGUUUCUUUAAUGCAGUCCAUGCUAAAGAUAUUAGGUUACUGUUCCUGUCUUUGAUUGGCUUACAUUUGUUGCAGAGAGAAGAUCCUUGGAAAAUAUUCUUCCCAGAACCUGCUCUUGAGAUAGUGAAUGAGUUUGCCAUUCGAUAUGGGAUUGAAAGUAUUUACCAAGCAAUGACGUGAGUAAAAAUUCUUUUUUAUGUUGCGGGGUUAAUAAGUAGCUGCAAUGAAUCCUCAACAUAACAAAAGGCCAAGGGACUGGAAAAAAGGUUCUUUUCCAUAUAUUUUACUAUUACUGGGGUGAAAAAUAUUUUUCUAAUAUACAAGGACUUUGUCAUAUAGAGUUUCAUUAUAUCGAGGGUCCACAGUACAUGUAAAUACUAAUUUUGGAUUAAAAGCAGAACGAGGCAGUAGACUAAAUUGAUUUGUUUUUUGCAAUGUUUUUUUUGUUUUUAGACAUCUUUCCUGUCUCACAACAUGCUACAUGUGUCCUGGUGUCCCUGCAGUCAUCAGCAGUUUACUUGCAAACAUCAAUGCUUUCUUCUCUCACACGACGGCAAACUCUGCCACAUCUGCAUCACAUCGAUUCACUUCCACAAACUUUGGGGUAAGUAUAUAAAGGACAAGUCUUUAAUAUAACGAAAGUGUGCUGAUGCUGAUGAUAGGUAGACCACACAGUUAAUACGGAAUAAAAUCAUUUUUUUCCUUUUUCAGAGUGAAAAGUUUGUUAAGAUUGUGGAUCAUCUUUACAACACAUUAAGGAUUGACAUUGCAAAUUACAGGGUGAGUUUAUGUUGUAGACGUUUUUAUAGACUAGACUGUAACCCUGUUAAUGCAAACACUGUUGGGCCAUAAAAUAGUUUUCAUUAUAUCGAGAUGGUUGUAUCAACAGGAUCUUCAAAUUAAUAAAAUGACCAGUGUUUCGUACAUUUGGGUCGAAAGAUUGUGGUCCUGAUAUCAAGGUGGUUGUAUUAACAGGGUGGUUCGCGGGGUUCCACAUGUAUACCUGUGUGGGUAUACUUUUGUCCCACUGACUUCUGCAUCAUGUGAUCUAUUUAUAGACAAAUUUUCCAGCAUCAAGUCCUGAUAAGCUUGACGACCUCAAGUCCUCUGUUGAUCUUUUGACAAGCGUCACAUUUUUCCGAAUGAAGGUACAGCUACAAUUUUAGUUACAUGAUGAUAGGAUAAAGAUAAAUUAUUUCUCAACAGAGCAGUGAGUGACCUGCACUUGUGACCUAUCACAUGUAACCUAUGUUUUGUACUUGCCAUCACAUCGACCUCAAUUUUCAUCUGUACGGCCUAACAGCGUGUAAUUUCAUACCAAUACAAUUGAAAAUGCACCUCUCCUCUCAGUGGUUGUUUAAUAAAACUGAAAAACCUUUCAUCUACUGGAACAGACAACAACAAGUGACUUAGGCAGUUUCACCUUAAGCUACAACUCCAUUUCGGAUGGUGAUUAGGGCGAGGAGACAAUUUUAGUGUUGUUUAUUUACCAUACCACGGUGACCUGUACUCUAACCUGCAAUAGUGCCUGCCGUCAAUGUCAUAAAAUAUAGAAAUUUUACUCAUUUCAUAUCAAUGUCAUUUCAAUAUCAAAUCGUUAUCACCAUUUUCAGGUUCUCAGUCAAAGACCCACUAGGACGGCAGAGAUUGUGCGUGAAUGUGUUAAGGUAACAAAGUGCUGUCGUGACUUGAUUGUGAGAAAUUCAAGGGAAGGAAACCUAAGACAUAGUGUAGUGUUUAUGUUCUGGCCGUGCGUGUAACAUGACUAUAACGGCUGUGAAAUCAGCUCUUAGAUUCUGUGAAUAUCUAAAAUGUUGGCCCAAGAAUAACGCUUGGAGCUUGUUAUUCUUUUUGUUAAUACACACUGUAUAAUUAUGAUCUAAUAGAACGCCUGUUGUCUUAUAAAGCCCCUGCUGUUACGCUUUUAAAUUUUUAUUAGAAGCCCUCUCUAAUAAAUGCCCCCUGUCUAAUAGACACUCCGAAGGACAAUUGGAAUGACAUGACAAUUGCCCCACAAUACUAGGAAAAAGCGAAAUAGAGCAAAGUCUUUUAAAUUAUUCAGUUUCUUGCUUGAUUAAUUAGAGGUUUUGCAUUGAAUCUUGUUCAGUGUUAAGUUUAGUGUUAAGUUUAAAGUAAGGAUUCUGACUUUGAAGUUGAGCUUUUAAGAAAAAAUAAUACUAAUGGAUCUCUAAACGGCCUAGGCUAUCAAUGGAUCUACUGGAUAGUCUGGUAUUUGUAGACUGUGGUGUUGUAUUUGUCAAAAGCUUAUUAGUGUUGUGGAGGUUGGUAACAGUUAUGAGUACAAACGCCUUCCUUUUAAACACCUAUCUAUUUAACGCCCCACUUGAGCUCCUAACAUAGACACUCUGGGCGUCUAUUAGAUAAUUUAAGUUACGUUUUUGAAAUUAUAUGAGUUGUUACCAUAUCUUUUUUUCUUUAUUUUGCAUUGUAGAACUGCAUGAAAGGAAGUUAUGCUUAUGUUUAUGCCAACUGUGCUGAACUUUAUGACCGGGAGCUGGCUUCAGAGAGCUCUUCUUUGGAUCCAAAUUUACCGCAGGCUGGUCCAAAAAGCCUCGACUUCUGGCCAAAGUUAAUUUCGCUGGUUGUCUCUGUGAUUGAAGAGGACAAAGUUGUCUACACUCAUGUCUUGAACCAGUAUGUACCAAUUAUAAUCGCUUUUAUUUAUUACCUUUUUGAUUUCCAUGAAUUUGUAAUAUUCUUGGUACUCUAAGAAAGUAAAGCCGACUCCUGAUAACUAGAACCUUCUAGGGAUUCGAAGAAAAUUCGAGUUAUUGGGUCAUGGGAGUUCGAGUUAUCGAGAGUUCGAAGCAAAUAAUUAAUCGAAAUAAGGAAAUGGAAGAGGAGGGAAUGCAGAUAUCUUGCACACUUUACUUCAAGGGCAGCGAGAGAUAUAGAUUGAUUUUUUGAAAAAGGAACUUGAGUAAUGUACAGGGGUGGACACUAAAUUUCAACUGGAGUAAGAAAAAUGAAAGACAAACAAUUGACACGGUUAGCACUGUUUUUUUUUUCGACUCGUCACGCUGUAAAAACAUGGUUCGAAUUUUAAGGGUAAAAUCAUAUAGAAUGAUCCGAAGGGAAGUAAAAAGUUAUGGAGGGUUCGAGUCACUGAUGCUAAAAGUACAGUAAAUGUAUGAAGGAAAUCCAGGGGAAAUAGACUUUGGUUCGAGUUAGUGACGGUUCGAGUUAUCGGGAGUCAUAAGUUUUUCUUUUAAAAGUCCAGUUUUAAUUUAGAAUUCCUUUCACAAACACACGUCACAGCUUAAACUAGUCAUUUCUUGUUUAAGCUAAGGGAAGAGUCGGUUUGCAGACAAGGUUAAGAUUCUGUAGUGUUUACUCUGUGACCUUAUUCUCUUUUUUCAAUUCAUGCAUUUGCUUCCAGGUUUCCAACGGAGCUGAAUGUUGGUGAAGUCAGUGCUCAGGUGUUCUGGAACUUGUUCUCUGCUGAUUUACAGGAUAUGUUGAAAGGUAUGUACAAUAGUAGUUUUUGUUAUUUUUUGUAAAUAACAAUACUCACUGUUUUCAAACACCAAACGAAACACCUUUUGCUUUAAGAGCUUUGGAACCCCAGAACAUUGUGACGAAUUGAUUAAAGACCAAGAAGGAAGAUACGAUGUUUUGUUACUAGUUAUUCAUAAUUAGAACAAAAUUUAAAUUUUUAAAUUAUUUUAAAAUUAAAACAAAAGAUCGUCCGGAAGUUUUCUUUUUUACUAGGCGUGUCAAAAAAAAAAAACAAAACAAAAAAACAUUCAAGAGUAAGAAAGCAAUGAUGCUCACUGUCCUAUUAUAUAGUCCUUUAAUGCAUAAAUCAGAGCUGUUGAUCAGUAGCCAUUCAGAUUAGAGAGUUUUGUUACAGUUUAUGAUUAGUGCACAUUAAUAUUGAUUCGGAAGAAUUAUAUGUUAAUGCCAGUGAACAUUAGACAAAACGUCUACUCUAAUUGUAGCCUCUGACUUUUGGAAAGGCAUAACAUAUAUUUUUUCAUAUUGGGAUCCCACUAUCUGUUGUUAAUUUUCAACCCUUUUUUUUUUCAGAGCACAGCCUAAGGCAGCAGUCUCGCUGGAGUAGUGCUGAUUACAUGAAUCUUCACUUCAAGGUGAACAUGUACUUUGAACAAUAAAAUACUUACUCAGCAUUUUUACUGUUAUUUCUGAAACAUCCCUCUCAAAUCCAGUGCGUUUUGUUGUUAUGUAAGAAAGUUUAAAACGUUUGAGUUUUAUCCUUUGAUUCAGCCUUACCUUUAUGAGUUAAGAAAGUUCUGAUCUCCUUUUUUGUGGUGGAUAAUUUCUGAAGUGCUAAGGGAUAAGUAGAUGACAACAGCUCAUUGUUGAAGUUUUUUUUCUCUUUUUAAACUCCUUACCGACUCCGUGGCUUGUUUGUUGUAGGUCAAAUGGUUUUAUAAUGAGUAUGCCAGUCAGUGUGCAGAAAACAAAGGAAAAGUUCCAGAUUAUGCGAGGUAAUGACUUAAAUGUGAGACUUCGUGGAGAUCAGUCGUUCCAGUCUGAGGGUUUGCUGGUUUGACACAGGUCCAGAAAAACUAGCGAAGUAAACUUGCGUUUGCGUGUCUGCUGCCCACAUGUUAGAGGCUCAACCCGCAUUAUGUUCUCAUGUGUUCCUUUGAAUUGAGUAGGGAUCUUGACUACGAUUGCGACUUUAGAAGCUAGUUAUACCCCUUUAACAAUAACUCUUUCCUGUUAAUACUGACUAGCACAUAAAAACCAUUAGGGAUAUAAUUUGUGUGGUAACUGCUCAUUUGAGGCACACGAAUUUGGUUUGAAAACUUGUAGUCUCGUACUAAAUAUUUUAUUCAUCGCAGUUACUCGUGGAACUUUCUUAAGGUUCGUAUUAUUGAUGUUUGUACGAUAAAUUGGCCCCCUAAGUCAAGAUUACUCAAAUGCUAAGAAGGUUUAAUUACUAGCCGUUUCGUCAGACACUGUGUUUUUAAACCAGUACAGUCAUUACAGUUACACUAUUACAAUGCAAAAUGAUAGCGGCCCUGAAAACCCAAGUGGGCCACCCCGCAUGUCACGCAUGCUAAUAUAGUUUAUCUAGUUUUCUUACACUGCUAUUUUUCCUUUGUAGCUGGUUUGAGCCUUUUGUUUCUCAGUGGUUAACUGAGAAUGACGAAGUUUCAACCGAAUUUAUGAUUGGAGCACUAGAUCGAGACAAGAGGGAUAAUGUGAGUGCUUGUUGUCUUGUUUCUUACAUACAUUACUGGAUCACUGUUGAUAGCUAUUCUGACUCAUCUGAUCUGUCAUGGUCUUGUUUACAGUUUCCUCCCAGCUCACCUCACACUUUGUUCUCAAACUCAGUGGUGGAUAUCUUCUGUUCAUUAAAUCAGGUGAGUGAUUGGAAGUUAAAAAAAUAAUGAUUUUACUCUGCUUGUGAGUGUAAGCUCGAACGUUCAAAGAGUGUUUAAAAGGCCCGGUUUCUAUAGAGAAGUUUUUUCGGGUACUAAAGAGGGUCUCCCACUCAGCCGACUCAACCUUAGUGAGUGUUUAUAUGAAAACAAGUUGACUCGUUUUUCCGAGCCAACUGCAGACAACAGCGUUCGCGCAUGCUCUGAUUGUCUCGCGUUGACCGAGUUGACCCGGCUAAGAGGGUGACUCUACCGAUGAAAAAACCGGGUCACCCCUCGGCCUCCAACAGAGCAUAUUUUCUAUAUCUCAUGUAGACAGUUCGUCACGUUUUAUAAGGAAAUGUAUGAAAGGUUGGCUCGGAGCUUGGGUAGGCGGGUGGACAACCCUUUUUAGUUGGCAAACGUGAAUCUGUACCACGUGACCAAGUUUCCCUUAACCUGUCGUUUACGUUUCAUUACUUCUACAAAAAAAGUUAGUAGUUUCACGCCAAUUUUAUCCUUAAGAAUUGUUUGAAGCUGUUUUUUCUACAUAUUUUCUAUUUUGAGAAAUUCUCAACUUGAAUCAAUUCCUUUCAAUUUCUUUUCGUUUUUCCUUAGAUGUAAUGGAAAUUAAAAUAAAACUAUGAUAGAAAUAAGAAUUGUUACUUGAAACAUUUUCCCUCCUUUCCUUUCAUUAUUUUUUUUCUUUUAACUGGGCCGCCUAGAUUAGCGAUUGCUAUUUUGCGAGCCAGUCUACUGUAAUACUAUUUUUAAUAAAUAAAGUUGAAGUUGAAGUUGAAUUUGACGUUUGCCGUAAACGUGAUUCGUCACAUUUACGGCAAACGGCAAAUGUCACUUUGUAAAACGUGACCAACAAGUUUUCCUUUCAUUUACCGUGUAUUAUUCAGUAUAUGUACACAAAAAUAAGUAGUUUCACAGUUGUCAUCAGCUCAUUUCCUAACUUGAGAAAUUGUCUUCUUGAAACUCGCUUUUACCGUUUACCAUAAAAGUGAUUCUUAAUCUUUCAUUCAUUAACUGCGUAAAACCAUAAAUUAUUUUUGUUACUUCUAUUACUUUUUAUUUUUGACGUAAUUUUCUAAAUUUGGUUUUGUUUUGGCAGAGCUUUGAGAUUGUGCGGAAACUGGACUGUCCAGACCCGGAAAUACAGACUCGUUACAUCAUCAAAUUUACUAUUGUGAGUAAUGAGUGUUUAGAUGUCUUCUGUUUCUUGUUUUUACUCUGCUUUGUUUGCUUGCUUUUGUGUUUGUUUUUUUCCUUAACGCCACAUUCUGGUCAGAACCAUCGUAUUUAGUUCUUAAGUCUAGUGACAGUGUGCGGGCAUGAAAAGUACUGGAAAAAGAAGGUUAUUCUUUGUUCGUUGCAGACUGUACAGAAUGUCUUGCUUCAAUAUGCUGAUAAAAUUGUCAAAGAAUUCAGUGCUUGGUGUGACCAGAGAGAAACAGCUUGUAUUUUGAUGAACAACAUUCAGCAGCUUCGCGUUCAGCUGGAAAAACUCUAUGAAACAAUGGGUGGAGGGGAGAAGGUAAUGGAUGUGCAAAUGAAAAGUGUUCUUCUGUUGAGUUAUAGCAACAGUGAUUAGGUGUUCCAUCCUUUCCACAGCUAUUCAUACCCGUAACUGCUUUCAUCAUCUUGCUUAACUUAUAGCUGUCUCCUGAAUGCAGUGAAGUAUUUAAAGAGCUACAAGUGAAACUUAAUCUCACGCUUGAUGAGUUGUGCGUGAUGUUUGCUCGAAGGUGCGUGGUAAUGACCAUGUGAUCUAUUCUAUGUCUUAAGCUUGUAGUGCAUGAAAAUAUGCCUCAGAAAAAUGAAAAGAAGAAAUGGCAAGCAUGCUUCUUAGUCAGUCGCUCGACAUUUUAGGUAACUGUAUUCUCAGUUGGUUUAUGUUAAUAGAUUUUUUUUAAACCGAAAACAUUUUAUGAUGCAAUGUGGGACACUUUUUUUUCGUCUGUUCUUGCAGCCUUGAUUUGUCAAUUCAAGAAAGUGUAAAAGGCGUUGGAAACGCGCUGUUCAAGUAAGAUGAAAAAUAUGACAAUUUUCCCUAUUUUUUUUCUCUUACGGUAAAAACCCACAAAAAAGAACCUAGUGAUUUAAGAACGUACAGGUUGAACUUUGGCAUUUAAAUACCCCAAAGUGUAUGAACCUGUUCAGCCUGGCAAAGAAAAAUAGGCUCUUAUACUAACAAAAACACUGCAAUUUUGAUGGCAAAAUUCUGGAUUUUAAUUGUGUGAGAAACUUUUGACAAAAAGUUUUUGUGUUUAUGUUUCCUAUGAUUUACAUUUUCUCUAGAAAUGUCUUUUCCAUAAACCAUUAUGUAUUAGUAAUACAAUUUUUUUUUCUGCCGAUGGUUACACUACGACAACCUCUGAAAAUAAGAACCUGUUAAGAACCCCAUCAGCCUGAAUUGUGAAAAACUACCCUAAAAUAUAAGAAACUGUUCAGCCUGAUCUCGAAAAUUCUAGGUUCUUGUAUGCGGGUUUUCUCUGUAUGCUACUGUAGGAGGAGUUUUCUGCAUCUGAAGGCAGUUCGUUUUGUAUCCAUUUUCCAGACCCACAAAGUACGCAAGGCUUUAUUAGUUAUAAUGUUUCAAAAAAGGAAAAACAAUUUUUUUUUAUUUAAACUAAAAGCAGAAUUCACCGUCUAUCGUGUCAUGUUCGCUCGAAUUUGUGGGUUAUGGAGCAUUUUCGCAAAGUACAUCGGUUUUUAUUAAGUGUGAAAACAGUCAUUAAAGAUAUUUUUUUUAUGCGUUACCUCAAAGUUUUUGUAAUUAAAAACGGUGAUGAUUUUAUCAAUAGUCGAUGCGCCUUACUUUUGGAAUGCGUGACGAGACGGUUUCUUCAGGCUUCGUUUAGUUUAAUUUCGUGUUAUUUUUGAAUUAUUUAUCAGGAUCAAAAGUACUGGUAACUUUAAUCCUGCUUUGCCAAGUAGCAAAACCAUCAUCGAGAAAGAGUCGGGAAGUAUUAUCCAUCCAUUAAUGUUACUUCUUGAAGGAAGGUGAGAUAGCUUAAAGGAUAUAUUGCCAAGUGUUGUCUACUAUAACGCAACCGUUGUCACGCCACGCUCCUCUCUACAAACGGCUUAGCUGAUUAGUAGAAAACAACUUUAUUUUUGAGCGUAUAGUUUCUGUAAUUUGAAAAACUGGUCAGGUUUUCCUUGUCGUAGGUGCCCUAAACAGUUAUCAUCAUGGGCUUGACGCUUGGAUAGAACAGCAAAGUACGAACAAGCCUGCGAGCACGCUCUCGAUUUGAGGAAUAUCGUGAAAAGUAGACGCGCCAGAGGCACGUGAGAGGAGACGCGAAAGCGGAGGGCGGGGGAGUGGCUCUCAGACUGCCGAGAACUGCUUUUAAACAAAAAAUUCGAGAUCUCUUCUUUCGAAUUUUCGACGUCGAAGAAAGUUAUGUCCCUCGCGGCUUCGCCGCUCGCUCGCGCGUUCUCUCGCGGUUCGCUUCACUCGCCCAAAUAGGAAAGCUUGCUCGCAGGCUAAGUACGAACCUCUGGUAGUCAGUAUAGAACCAGAGGGAACGCGAACUUUUCAGAACCGGGAGUAAGCAACUGGAAAGCGAUUACUUCAUGAAGCAACUUUGCGAGUUUUUUUUUAUAUUGGUCGCGUGGGACUGGGUCUGUGUUGUGUCGAAUUGCACUAUGGGACUAUUGGGACGCUGUAACUUCUUUUAUUGGCUGUUGCGAGGUCACGCAGGAAACUGAGUCAAACUUCGUUCCUCAAAACUGUGCAAUUGAACAAAACACGACCAAGUCUCAAAGGGAACCUAAAUAUGGCUAGUAGACUGCAUGACAGAAUGUGCAAAAGAGAUUGGAAAAAUAAAGGAGAUUGAAGAGCGGAUUUGCCUUUCCUUGCCUCCUCUUUUCAUAUGCCUACCACCUGCUUUUGAUACUAACAUACAAUGUUUUCCAACAGCUUCAAACUUUUCUACAAAGCUUGUGAAAAGACUGUUCUGAAGAGACUUCUGAAGGUAAAAGAUUUGGUCACUAUACCGGUUACUAUCUUUUAAAGGAUCACCGAAGUAAAUAUAAUUAUCAUAUUGUUAUGCUUCUUCCUUUUGUUUUCAUUCACUAAAUAUUCCUUUAUAACGGAAAUAGUCAAGUAAGGAUUUGUUUAGGGUAUCAAAGUGAAUGCAUGUUUAAUCGAAAUCAGUUAAAUUUUAUGAGCUUGUUUUUCGACGUUACCUCGUCUGUACCGAAUUGUGUUAUCGACUUGUAUCUUAACAGGAGCUAUGGAAGAUAGUCCUCCGGAAUAUCGACAAGAUCAUCGUUCUUCCACCACUGUCAGAUAUCAAGGUAAAAAAGGCCUUAACAGACUGUUUUUUUUUUAGAUACAGUAGUAGUGUAUGAAGGAAAGGUUUUUUUUGCUACAAUAAGUGUGAUUUCAGUUGUAAUCCUCAGACCUAUGUUGCUUGUGAAUGACUAGUUAACGAAGAAGCUACUGCACGGCUUCUCCAUCGUCGCUUGUAAUCGAUGUUACCUUCCUCCCGCCGACCCCCACGUUACCCACCAUCACUCUUUAUCCCUUACAUUUUUCUGUAAUCGCUUUGGUAUUUUUCUGUUUGACUUAACGAUAUGCGAGUGAUUCCCUUGCAUUUAAAAAUAACAUUGUACGGUGCAGAAUAUGAACUCAAAAAAAUGCGACUAAGCUCCUUUUGGAUGUUGUCACGCAAUGUCUCGCUUAUGACGUCUUUGCUCAGCAAACUUUAAAUUUUUUACGUUUAGGAAUUGGCGGGAAUAGCAAGCCAAUCGGAUUCAAGAAAUAUGAGUCAUAAGCAGUGUGCAGUGAUGGAGACCGCCCUGGGUAGUAUUAAGGUAUGAUGGGAAAUAAUACAUUACCUCAAGAUACAUGCAAGAAAGGAGUCGUACUUUGAUCUGCAAACAGGCUUACUCAAACACAAAUUGAAUACAAAACAACUAGGGUUGUUUAGUAAUCAAUUACUUAUGAUAUGUGUUUGAAAAUUAUGUUAUCCUCCUAGAGAGGUCACAACUAAAACAUGGAUAAACAAUGUUGUCGAAUGAGACAAAUUGAAAAAUUAACAACGGCAGUAACAAUUUAUUUUCAUCAUAACUUGAAUGAGACAAACAAAAAUUGAGGUAGUUUAAUCCGUUAACGGUUACACGACUGAUUUCGAAUCCAGGAAGAGACAUCGCCAUGCCUUUCGUCUCUCGAUUGAGUUGUGUUCCAUGCAAAACACCACGGAUUUUUGAUAUGGUCCAGCAAAGCUCAGUUGAUUUGCUGUUAGAGUACUUCUUGCUUCUGGCAAGUUUCUCUAGAGUUCUCCAGUAGAUGCUUCUAAAACGCGUGUCGAAGCACGCGUGGUUAAGGUCCUAUUAAUGAAACAAAAGUUAAAUCAUGAAAACCCAAACUUUUUGAGUGGGGGCAAACUGGAUAGCCUGGUCGUUGCUUCUCCCUUAUUUUUCGGGUGAAGAGAAGCGACGACCGGAAAUACGUUUGCGUUCGCCGGCUGCAAACUGUACGGGUGCUGGCCCAAGUGAAGAUAAGCCUUAGUUUUCUUGAGGUCUCCCCGCCAUCUAUUCCCUCCCUCCUUCUAACUUACUGUAACUGCGUAGCAAAAUAGAGAUUGUACAGUGGAACCCCGAUGUAACCUUCCUCGAUAUAACGAUGUUCCCGGUAUAACGAUGAAUAUUCUAUGUCCCGGCAAAAGUUACAGUAAAAUGUAUUGGACAGAACCUCGAUAUAACGAUCUUCGAUAUAACGAUGUUCUCGAUAUAAGACUGAGAAUUUAGCGAAUCGAACGUAAAAUCUUUCCCGAUAUAAUGAUAUUAUUAGUAAACACAGUCACAAUUUUAAGCAAAACAAUUAAUUUUAUACCACAACAUUACAGUAAUCGAGUAAUCUUCUCCAACCUUUCUGUCAACUCACUUGGUCUAAUUGGGCAGUACAUAACUCUGAUAACAAAACCAUUGAAACAAAAACGAGUUAAGAAGGACUAUAGCAAGUGUGUCAAGCGAAGUAAUGCAUUACUUGCUGGCCAAUGUCUGUUUUGAAACAACGAACACGCGAACUCGAUAAGUAAUUACUUCAAAUGGUUUAGUUUAGUUUUGUUGCACUUGUACGAUUCACACCACAUAAUUUACUGUGUAAACUUUAAAAACUUCUAGUGGUUUGCAAACUGUUUAAGGACAUUGCUGCGCGCUUGAAAUGUAUGCAGUAAAGAAGUACAUGGUACGUUUUCUCCGAUAUAACUAUAGUUUCGGUUAUUUUACGGCCAUAUCGUUAUAUCGAGAGUUUCGAUAUAACGAUUCCUCGAUAUAAUGAUAUCAUUUUACUGCUCCCUUGGCAUAUCGUUAUAUCAAGGUUCCAGUGUAAUUGUGUAUUCAUUUUCAAGGAUUCUUUUCACGCAUCUGGGAAUGGACUGAGGAAGACUUUCUUGGACAAGUGUUCACAGCUGCAGUCUCUCAAGUCUGCUCUGUCGCUGUACACGCAGACCACUGACUCGCUUAUAAAAGAGUUUGUUAAGAGCCAAACAUCACAAGGUAGAGUUAUAACAACUGUAGCAAAGAUCAGUAAGAACACGGGACAAAAACCAGGGCAUGUUCGAGCUCGUGAGACUAUCAUUUAAAGACUGGCUGGGCCCACUGGCGGUCUUCCAAUGCUUGGUUAUAACGUGUUCCUGAAAGUCAAGGGGCGGAAGUCUGGUUAAAAAUCCGAGGAAAAUCAUGAAGUGGGUCAAUUUUGUGUUAUUAUUUUUAUUAGACGGAAAGAUUAUUGAACUAACAAAUCUUAAUGCUUUUGUCGUGAGGUUAAUGGAGUUUCGCCAUUUUUUCGAGUUAGCAGUCACUGAAUAGACUUCAACGAUUUUUUAAAAAUCGGACGCAUCGUUCGCAAAGGCGCGCUCAAGCAGCUCUUGCAACCCUGCUCUCGUUUUUUUUUUAAAGGAAUGACGGGGAAGUGGGGAGGGGAAAGAAGGAAACGCUUGCCCGCAAACCCCACGAUUUUGAAAAACUGCGUCCAUGUUUUUUUUGCUCCCGCUCCAGAUUUCGCGCUAUAACUCGACUGGAAACGCUUGCUACGGAGGCUAAAAAAUUUUCAGACAAUCCAUUAGAAACUAGGAAAGCACCAGUAAAAAAGCAAACUGAUAGAAUAAGGUAAAUCUUAAGGCUUUUAAGGCCCUUCUUGCUGAAUAGUGUAGAACUACAACUGUUUGCUCUCUCUUAAUUUAGAGGAUCCUGGUGUUGAUGACCCAGUGGGGGAGGUGUCAGUCCAAGUUGACUUGUUUACCCACCCCGGGACAGGAGAACACAAAGUUACAGUGAAAGGUACUUGAACAUAUUCUGUAUCGAAGUUGCAUUGAUGUUUGUGUUCCUGGGCCGGGUUGUUCUAAAGUGGGUUAAGGUAACCCAAGGUUGGUGCAAAACUUGAACUCAGAUAUGAGAGCCCUAAAAACAAAUUCAGUUUAAUUCUCUUUGCCUACAAUUUGAUGAUUGGAUACUCUAAAAAAGCACUGUAAAAAAAAUAUAGAAAAUAGACAGUGCUUUUGAUGAAAAGAAAAAGACGCCCUGGUAAAAAUUUAACCCUGGGUUAGCACUAACCGGUGUUCGAACAACUGGGCCCUGGUCGAUAAUCCGAGACAAUUUAUGCAGGUAUUUUAUUUAUUGAAACGUAUUUGCUAUGUUACAGUUGUUGCAGCCAAAGACUUGAAAUGGCAGUCCCCAGGUGAGUCUAUUUGGUAUUUGUGUAGUUUAAGUUAGAGACUAUGGUUUUUCAUGCUGAUUUUACUGAACGUUUUUCGGAAAACUCUCGUCCAUUAUUCCAGAAUAAGCACAGAUCAAAUUGGACAAAUUGUGUCUGUGUUUUAGUAGAACGUAUAAUAUUAUCAGUUCACUUUGUGGUAACGCCUUUACAAAGACUGUCCUAUAUCAUUGUCAAAAAAAGCCAGCAAAACUUCAAUCUUCUUUAGACUGUACUCUGUAGUCAGAUCUAGUUUAUUGGAGUUGGUGUAUUAUCUUAGCGUAAUUCGUUUGUGCUUUUGUAUAACAUAAUUUAGUUAAAUUAACUUGCAAAGUCUUGUUAUGUCGUUUUUUUUUUACAGGAAUGUUCCGUCCGUUUGUAGAGGUGAAUAUCGUGGGACCCAACCUUAAUGCAAAGAAACGUAAACACUCCACCAGAUCAAAGAACAACAACUGGUCUCCAACAUACAAUGAAACGUUCUUCUUGUAAGUAACCAUAUAUUUUUCUCCUACCCAUAAGUGCUCUUUAUUACAGAACUUCAUCACCAUAUGAAACUCAUCAACGGUAGACCUAACGUCUAUGCAGAACUUUGAUACGAGGCUGAACGUGGUUUUUACAUGGUAUGUUCCACUCAGAUGAUCGGAAUAACAUCACAAAAACCUUUUGCAUUUUCAAAAUUAUCCUCUUUGAAGAGCGUUCCAAGUACUGUUAGGUCUAACCGUAUAAAUAAAGUUGCGUUUUCAAAUUUUGUUGCAUAGUUUUGAAGCGGCCUUUCUGUGGUAAAUGAUAUUUAAAACUAACAUGAGAUUAAAAAUAAACUUGUUUUGUUUACUGACAGUAUACUUGGCAAUGAAGAUGAUUUGGAUAAUUACGAGCUUCAUAUAUGCGCCAAGGAUUACUGCUUUGCCCGGACAGACAAUCUUGUUGGUAUGACUGUUUUACAUCUAAAGACCAUAGCUGAGAUGGGUUCCUGUGCAUGUACUCAAGCAUUGGGGCGUUAUAUCCAAAUGGAUUCCAAGGGAUGGACAAUUCUCAAGAUUCUUUCCCAAAGAAUGAAUGACGAAGUUGCGAGGGAAUUUAUCCUUCUCAAAAAUAACAAAAGAUCCGAAGGAUUUGACUAAAGUAUUGAUUUCAUUUGAAACCAGUUAUUUGUCUAUUUAUUUAAUAUAUUUGGUUAAAACCAUACUAUCAUUUCAACCAAGGAAUGCAUUUUUGCAGGAUUUUGUAGAGUUGCGUAGUUAUUACAUGCUGCGUUUGUGUAGGCCUUGAAGUUAGUUAACCUUUAGGUAUUAGUACACUAGAGUUAUUAUUGAGGCAGCUGGUCACUGUUUUGUGGAGAUGAAUGGUCACAAGCUUCAAAGGCUCUUGCUGAUAACGGAGUGUUGCUGUCAUGAAAAAGAGAACUCUUAAAAUUUUCAUUCUGAAAGCACUUUAGUUUAGUGACGUGAAAAUAGCGAAAUUAUCGUUAACGUUGAGUUGCUCAACCACCACGCAAUCUUGCAGUGGCAUGCUAGAGUCUUUACAGGUGAAAGUCCGUUAGCGUAUUGAUCUGAAUUUUAGAAAUGGUUGUUAUGUAAAGUUAGGGAACUUACUUUAAUGUAUAAGUAAUAACUUACUUUAAUGUAUAAAUAAUAACUGCUUCUUGUUUUGAGGACUCCUUAAAGUUAUUGGCUACGUUAUUUGCUUGGUUUUCAUAUGCUGUUGGCAUUACUGUAAUAUUUUCUUCUUCGGGGAAUGUUUUGGCCUAUUUAUCUCAGUUGAGGAGCAGAUGUAUUGAGAAAUCGUUGAUGCCGCUGGUGAAACGGUCUGAGAAGAUUUUACGAGUGAAAUGUGCAUCCUCACAAUUCUGUCAGUCAAUCAAAAAGGUGUAACACCGGCAUAGUCAAACUGAGAUGGCGAAUAACUUCUGUUGUUGCCAUUUGUCAGAAAAGCACCCUAGGGGUUUCUGGGUUAUUAACCCUGGGUACUUUCCAGGUAGUCGAGGACCAGCCUCAAAACAUCUGCAUAUUUAUACAAAACCAUGGCAGAUAGAUAUCUACUAAAUAUAAAUAUUAGGUAUCGAUUAAUUUUGAUAAUAGUUUAUAUAUUGUGCAUGUGGUUAUCUUAGCGUAAACCAGGAAAUGUGAAUUUAGUAUUUAUUCGUGCAUUUUUUUACAUAUGAAAUCAGUAGCUGCGUUUCUUUAUGCUCCGUACUUGCGUAAACUGGUGGUUGUUUACUAAAAGUAAGUUUCAUUGUACCACGAGCAAAGAUCGCCAGUUGUUGUCUAGUUCCAUGUCAUUUCAAUUCGACGUUGACAGUACGUCUCAGGGAAUGAACACAAUGAAAAUAGCUUGUGGCCCAUGAAUGCGGUCAACCCUCUUGUAAGCGGUCACCCAAAAUGCAAAGAUUUUGUAGUCUCUUAAGAAAGGUGGUCGCUUAAGAGAUUCAAACCAGAAGAGUCUCUUUCAAGAAGAGGUCCAGAGUUAUCGAAAGUCAAUUGCUAAGUUACGAUUCCUGUAGUUCCAUGUUCACACAAAUAGUUCAUCGCAUACUCUUGGUAGCGUAGUACAUACUGCAAACAUAGAGAUUAGGUCAUGCGUUUUGUAGUCACCUACGAGAGGUUAAAAAAUGUUGGAAAAUUAUAAUACCAUCAACCCCAAAAGUGGUCGCGGUUAGUUACGAGAGUGGAUACGAGAGGUUCCAAGAUUUGGUGCUUUAACUGGGAAAUUUUUGGUGCACUUUGAAUAGAUGGUCGCUUAUGGGAGGUGGUCGCUUACGAGAGGUGAUCGCACAUGGAUGUUCGUGGCGACGGUAACUAUUGUUUUUUGCCUUCGACACAUCGCUAUGAAAUAGAAUUUAGGGUCUCUUCUUCUAAGCCUGGGGUCUUAAAGCAGCAAGCUAGCUUUCUCGUAAUAACAUAUUGAUAUUGUUUUACAAAGGUAAUAGAAGUGAGCAAAAAUGUCGCCGGAAAACGGAGCUUAUUUAGAGAGACCCUUGAUACACACUGUACCGAAAAUAGGUUAAUUUUGUCAUUUUUAAAUAAUUAUUCAAUUUUCUUUUAAAACGUUCAGUAUUGUCACGAAAGAUAACGAAACUCAUCGAAAUUGGCUUGCGUCUUCCCAGUAAGGAGAUAACAGUUUUUAUGAUCUCGCUUCUCUUAUAGAACACUUUACAUCUGGUUCAUUCCUCUUGUCCUGUAAAUAGAACCGUAGAAGUUUGAGCUUGUGUUAUUUUGUAAGAUCUUUUGCCCUAGAACAUCAGUGUUAAUAAAAAAUAGCUGAAGAGAUGUACUUUUACAACCGUAUAAUGGUAUUUUUGAUAAAGGGACAAAUUGAAUAAAACAACGUU